CGACUUACGAAUUUGUUUUUGUACAUAGACAAGUGAAGUUUUCGAACAACGUUCUUAAAAGAACACCAUAGUAGUUAGUAUAGUAACUAAUAUUAGAAAGAUACAAUCUAUACCAAAGAUUUUAACAUUUAUAACUUAUUUUUACUCAUCUAUAUUAGUGGCAGUAAGCAAGUAAAAAUGGAUACCAGCGGAUCGCUGUUGAUGUUAGCAAUAUUACAUGGUGACUAUAACGAAGCUGUCAGAUUGCUAGACAAUGGUAUGGACUUGAGUUAUAUAGAAUCGACAGGAUUUUCACCGUUACACAGAGCUGUAGAAAAGGGAGAUGUAGGGAUAGUAGAACUAUUACUUAAAAGAAAUGCCAAUGUUAACUCCAAUGUUGAUGGACUUAAUCAACUUGUACAUCAGCCCCUACACCUGGCAGCUAAGUGCGGUCAUCUUGAUGUGUUAAUAUUAUUGAUAGCAUAUGGUGCAUCUUUAGAAACCAAAUGCCCAAACGGAUUUCUAGCAAUACACUUAGCAGCACAAGAAGGUCAUUUUAAUAUAGUUAAAUAUUUUGUUGAAAAUAAAUGUUACCAUGUUGAUAUUCAGAGUAACAACCUUCGGACGCCUUUAAUGUGUGCUGCCAUCCCUGGUCACACAGAAAUUGUAAAGUUUUUGAUCCAAUGCAAUGCCGAUGUUAAGAAAACCGAUGUGUUUGACAGUACGGCUUUGCACUAUGCAUGCCAGGAAAAUCAUGAAGAUAUCUUCGAGAUAUUGAUAAGAAAAGGUUGUAACCUCGAUGCUAAAAUGUACAAUGGAGAUACACCUCUACAUAUAUCUGUUAGGCAGGGACACCUUAGCGCAGCAAGGCGCCUUAUAGAAAGCGGAGCAAGAUCUUUUCUAGAAGAAGGUGUUAGUGGAAAUAGCCCAGUACACUUAGCAGCUCAGCACAAUCGGAAAGAAAUGCUGGAAUAUUUCUUCAAAAUGGGCAUUAGUGUUGAUUUUCAAACGGUAGAUGGCUACUCUUUGUUGCAUGUCGCUGCUAGAUUUGGACAAUCACAAAUAGUUACGUUCUUACUUCAAAACGGAGCAAAUAUCGAGGGUAAAAUUAUUUCUAGAGGUAUUACUGCCUUACAUUUAGCUUCAAGUUCUAAUCGCGUUGAUGUUAUAACAGUUUUAUUAAAUAAAGGAGCUGAUGUAAUGGCAAUAGAUAAAAAAGGUCGAAAACCACUGGAUGUAGUUUAUGAACAUUUUAAUGCUGAUCCAAAUGAAAUACGAAGAUAUGAUAUGAAAUGUAGUACGCAGCUAUUAGUAAAACACAUGCUAUUAUUCUACAAAGAUAUAGAAGUGUCAACGCCAAGCUAUUUUCCAAGUGGAACAAGCAUAGACGAAUUUAAACAGAAGUGCCUAGAAGAAAUCGAACAAUUGAAAACCUGUAUGAUAGAGAAUACCACGGUGUCUUUAUAUACUUUUUUACAAGCCUUACGUAAUAAAAAUAAAUUAUUAAACUUUUUACGCAACCACCAAUUACGAGAAGAAGUGAAAAAUAUUAAACAAUAUAUUGACAAAUAUCCGAUUUAUUCCAGCCUUUUGCCAAUGAUCUUAGACGAAGUACAUAGUGGUAUAAAAAGACUACAGCUACUGGAAAAAGCUGCCACUGCAAUGGAAAUCAUUGUUCCAAGUCUUAUAUUGGAGUGUAAAAUAAACAUCUUGCAAAUGCUAAAUAAUGAGGAUCUAACCAGUCUCAUCGAAUCAGUAAAAGUCGAGUUUUAUUAGUGAUAUCUUAUUUUUCUUCCACUUCGAGUGCCUUACUUUUAAAAACGUUGCUCAUCGAUAGUAGGUACUUUAUGUAUACAGAUAACGAUAUUGUUUUGUUGACCAUAGGAAUUAAGAUUUAUUGCAAUCCCGUCUCUAGAGUAUAUUUAUUAUAAUGCUCU